UUGUUUGCCGAGUUGUUGAAACCUGGCAGUAAUUUAAAGAAUAUACUUCAUUUUUCAUAUUUAUACGAUCUUAAGAUGAUCAAAUGGCUAAUGAUUUAUCUACAAUUGUGUUUAGUAUACGGAAGUAACGGGAUUGGAAGAGAAGGUUUCGGUCCUGGUAAACAGGACUGGGGAUAUGUGACCGUAAGACCUGGAGCUCACAUGUUCUGGUGGCUUUAUUACGUAAGUCCAACAGUCCAAUCAAAAAAUUUUAAUGUCUUCGAAAGACCUCUGAUUAUUUGGUUGCAAGGAGGUCCUGGAGAAUCAGGUACCGGUUACGGAAACUUAAAUGAAUUAGGACCACUUGACAUUAAUCUCGAACGACGAAAUCACACAUGGGUCAAUGAUUACAAUGUCUUAUUUAUUGAUAAUCCCGUGAGCGUUGGCUUUAGUUAUGUCGAUAACGUCUCAGCGAUAGCAAAAAACAUGGCACAAAUAGCUGACGAUCUUUUAGAAUUAAUAAAAGGAUUUCUUAAGACAAUUCCUUCAUUUAUAAAUGUUCCUACUUAUGUCGUAGGCGAAUCGUUUGGAGGAAAUAUGGCUGUUGAAUUCGCUCUUCUUUGGUUUAAAGGGUUAGUAGACACAGUAAAUUCUAUUAAAAUUGAAGCGAUUGCUCAAGAAACUAUCAAACUAUUGGAUGAAGAACGUUGGGCUCAUGCUUUAAAUAAGUAUCGUAAUAUGUAUUUCGAUAUAUAUAAUAUCACUGCCGAUAUUUCAAUGUAUAAUGUUUUACAACCAAAAAAACUUACAACUUUUCAUGCCCAUAAGUAUUUUACUAAUUUUCGAUUACCUCUCAAUGAAGUUGAUGUCGAUAAACAGAUAGAAAAAGUGAUGAAAAAAGUUAAGACUGAACUUAAUCAUGAUGUUGAUAGAAAUUAUACAUUGUUUUCGAAACAAGUCUGGAAAGGACUUAGCAAUGAACUUAUGAAACCUGUUACCAAUACUGUUGAGCAGUUAUUGAAUAAAACGGAUUUAAAAGUAUUUGUUUACACCGGGCAAUUAGAUUUGAUUGUUCCGACUACCAGUACUGUCAGUUGGGUUGAAAAAUUAAAAUGGAAAUAUGCUAAUGAUUGGAAUAAUGCCAUCAGGGUGUCAUUUACUGUUGACAAUAUUGUCGAGGGAUAUGUGAAAGAGUACGGAAAUUUAAAAUUAUAUUGGAUUGAUAGAUCUGGACACAUGGUACCGAAAGAUAAUCCUUACGCUAUAAAUGCAAUGCUUCAAGAUUUAACUUCUCUAUCAUAGUUACAGAAGAAGUAGAGGUUGUAUCUUCACUUUUUAUUGAAAUCCCGAUGGAAUCACUCACU